AUGGAUGGUGUUACUAAUGUCGACGCUGUCGUUAGUAACACUGGGGAUGAUGAUGAUGAUGUACUGGUGGUCGAUGUGGUGAAUGAUGGAGGAGGAGGUAAGCUCGCAGAGGUGAAUGACGGUGCUGCUUUAAGGGAGUUGUUGAAAGGGGUUGUGGUUGCUGAAGAGUCUUAUAAGACUCCAAAGAAAGGCUUUAGUAGUGUUGCAAUAUCAGUUGAGAUAGAAGAGUAUGUUCAAGUGGAUGUUGGUCUUCCUCCUCCUUCAAUUGGGAUGGUUUUCCAGUCAUGGCAGGAACUCAAUGAAUAUUUUAGGGAAUAUGGGAAGCAGAAUGGAUUUGGGGUUGUCGGUACUAGUGCUUGUAAAGUAGGGAAAGGGCCUAAUGCAAAAAUGAGAAGGAAUUGUUUGUGGAUUUGUGAGUGCUUUGGGUUUCCUGUUAGGAAGCGGAAGAAGGUGGAGGAUAGUUUAGUGACUGAUGCUCAGGUUGUUGAGGAUGAAGCGAGGGCAGUACUUCAGUAUGGUGGACACACCCUCACUCCUGAGAAGGCUAAGAAUAUUAGUAGGUUGAGGAAAAAGUUUCUGAUGGAGAAUCCACAUGUUGUGAGGCAGCUUUUCAAUGAGCGCAGAUGUGGGGUUCCUUUGGCAAAAAUCUAUAACAAAAUGGCUAGGGAGCGUAAUGGGGUGGAGAACAUGCCCUUUUCCCAGAAAGAUCUUCAUGAUGAAGUCGCUAAGCAGAAGAAAAGAAUUUAUGAUGAAGGUGACGCUAAAGCAAUGUUUACUUAUUUCCAAACUAUGGUUGAUGAUAACUUUGAUUUUUUCUACACAUAUCGAGUUGAUGAAGAGGGUAGGUUGAAGGAUGUUCUUUGGGUAGAUUCUAGGUGUCGCAUGGCAUACGAGGAGUUUGGUGAUGUAGUUUGCUUUGACUCCACAUACUUGACCAAUGAGUACAAGUUACCGUUUUGCAACUUUGUGGGAGUUAACCACCAUGGACCCUGCGAUGAGGAAAGCUCUAAAGACUACAAUGAAAAGGACUACACAGAGGUGGUGUGUUUGGCAUAUUCUGAAAAAAUUCUCUACGAAGUUGGGGAAGCAUCGUAUUAUCCUGUGUUGAAGGAAGACUUAGAGAGUGUUGUGUAUGAUAGCUUGGACUGUGGAGAGUUUGAACGACGGUGGGAAGAAGUGAUCAAGAAACACGAAUGUGAAAGCGACGAGUGGUUGGAAGGCUUGUUUCUUGAACGCGAUAUGUGGUUCCCUACGUAUGUAAAGCAUCUUUUUUGGGCCGGAAUGAAAACAACCCAGAGGGUUGAGAGCAUACACGGUUUCUUUGAUGGUUAUUUGAGCAGGCAUACAUUGCUUAGUGAAUUUGUCAAGAGAUAUUGUGAAGCUCUGGAGGUUAGAGCUACAAUUGAGAAAAGAGCUGAUGACAAUAAUUCAAGAUUUGUCAGGCAACCCAUCACAGCCUUUCCAGCCGAGUCUUUAUUUCCGAAAAUCUAUCCCGAUGCGAAAUUCAAAGAAUUCCAAAGGGAGUGCACUAGGGUGCUAUAUGUCACUGGUCUGGAGAAGAGGCAAAUAUUAGACACACUGAUAGAACAUGUUCUUGAGGAUAUUGUGUGGUUCAAACCGAAGAAUUCAAGGAAAGAAGUACCUUCGCAGAGGAAACGGGUGUACAAGGUUACAUACAAUAGCAGCACCCAAGAAGAUGAAUGCGAAUGUAGGUACUUUCAUUGCCAUGGUAUAAUAUGUCGCCAUAUGAUUAUGGUGUAUCAAAUGAAUAAUUGUAGAGAAAUUCCUGACAAGUACAUCCUACAUUGUUGGAGGAAAGAUGUUAUUAGGAAGCAUACUAGAGUAAAAGUGAAGUACCAUGAUCCCAGCAAGACGGAGGCGGUGUGUAGGUUUGAUAAGAUGAUGGGGAAGUUUUCUCCCAUUUGUUCAAAGGCAUCAAUUUACAAGAGUGUGUCUGAUGUUUUGUUGAACGGUCUGCAAUUGCUUGAUAUCCAAGUAGAAGAGAAAUUGGCCAUGUUGUCCCGUAAUAGAUCUGAUCUUUUGGGGUGUAACGGCACACCGUCCUCCGUGUGUUUGGAAAAGGAGGCUACACCACCUACUACCGAAAAGAAGGACUUGUCUCUUGAACUUGCUACCAUAAAGGACCCGCCCAUUCCGAAAAACCUCCUCACCGUACCACAGAUUCGAGGUACAAGUCAUGCGUUGAAAAAGCUAAGAAACCGGGAAAGAGGAGCAAUGGAAAUCAAGGAACAGGAACAACAUCUACCAUUUCCUAUGAUGGGUUAUAGUCCUCAUUGUGUAGGAGGCAUUCAAAUGACAGUUGGUGAUGGUUCAUUGGGGUAUUUUAACUUUUUGUCUAGAGUGCAGCGUCCUCCUUCUUCUGGGUCUGCUGAAUCCCCAUCUUAA